CCAAUUUUUUAGGUGCCCUCCCCUCCUUGUCCCCCUUGAAGCGCAAAUAAACCCCCUCUCCUCACUUCUCUCACUCUCCCACAUUCUCACUCCUCUCUCUCUCUCUCUCUCUCACCAAAAACACACACAUUCCACUUCCUAUUUCUCAACGCCAACGACUCCCAUUCCCUCUUUCUCUCUCCCCCACAAUGGAGACGCCGGAAUUCUUCCAAACCGACUACUACAACUCCCAAUUCCCGGCGGAGAAGCGCCUCGCCGCCGACGCCAAAGCCGCCGACCAUUUCAUCAUCGAGGACCUCCUCGACUUCCCCAACGACGACGGCAUUGGCGCCGACGUCGACGCGGACGCCGAUGCCGAUGCCGACGCCGACUCCUCCACCGCUACGCCCGUCGACACCUCCUCCAACUCCUCGUUCUCCACCGCCGCUGCCGCCGCCGCCGCCGCCGGCGGCCAGCAGCCGUAUUUUCAGGCCGCCGACGGCCACUUCUCUAACGAACUUUGCGUGCCGUAUGAUGAUUUGGCUGAGUUGGAGUGGCUAUCGAGCUUCGUGGACGAAUCAUUUUCAAGCGAGGAUUUGCAGAAGCUGCAGCUCAUCCAAGGCAUGAAGGCCCGAACCAACGAGGCCCCACAGGCCCAACAGUACCACUUCCAGCCCGAACCGACCCGGCCCGGCCCGAUGCUCCUCUCCGAAAUGUCGGUUCCCGCCAAGGCCCGGAGCAAGCGCUCCCGCGCUGCCCCGGGCAACUGGACCUCCCGCCUCCUCAUGGUGUCGCCGCCGCCGACGGCGCCGGACGUCCCCGCCAUUUCGUCCUCGUCGGAGUCCGACGCGACGGCGACGGCGGGAACUGGAGGAAAGAAGUCGCCGAAGCCGCCCGGGGCGCAGCAGCGGAGGAAGGAGGCCGCUUCCUCCGCUGCGGGGCCCGAGAGCUCGGGCGGGGGCGGGGAGGGGCGGAGGUGCCUCCACUGCGCCACCGACAAGACGCCGCAGUGGCGGACCGGGCCGAUGGGCCCGAAGACGCUCUGCAAUGCUUGCGGCGUCCGGUACAAGUCGGGCCGGUUGGUGCCCGAGUACCGGCCCGCGGCGAGCCCGACGUUCGUGCUGACGAAGCACUCGAACUCGCACCGGAAGGUGCUGGAGCUGCGGCGCCAGAAGGAGAUGGUGCGGGCGCAGCAGCACCAGCACCAGUUCCUCAACCACCACCAUCACCACCACCACCACCAGAGCGUCAUCUUCGACGUGUCCAACGCCGCGGCGGACGAUUACUUGAUCCACCAACACAUUGGGCCGGAUUUUCGCCAGCUGAUUUAGGGACUAAUUAAUUAAAUCAGGGUUUUCUUUUUAUUUUAUUUAUGGGUAGAGGUUUUUUUAUUUGAAAAUUUAGAGAUUUUUUUUUAGUUCGUUAAUUUAUUAGGACAAUCGAAUCCUAACUCAUCGGAUUUUGUCGGGCUUUUGACUUUCAGAUUUAUCAAAAUUAGAAAUGGGAAAAGAAAUAGUAAAAGCCCGAAAAAAAGAAAGAGAAAAGAAAAGGGAGAGAGAAAAGAGGGUAGGGAGGAGGGACUAAUGUCCUAAAUUGAAGUGUAUUUGAGCAAUAAUUAUUGAACAAAAUUUCGUAAUUCGAAGAGCUUCAUA